AUGGGCAAGAAUACGGACAAACUCUACAUCACCCACUCCGAGUGGUCGUCCUCGGACGCAUACUCUGCCAGCGCCGGCGCCAAUGUUAACGGACGCUCACGGCCAGGCUCGUUUCGCCGACUUCCCUUCAACUUUUGUGCUGCCAGCCUACAGCCGUUCAAGAACCCCGUAUGUACUAAGGAUGGAACCAUUUUCGAUGUCGAGGUCAUCAGUUCCUGGCUGGACAAACACAACACCAAUCCCGUGAACGGCGAGCCACUUGGCGCCAAAGACCUCAUCAAACUCAACUUCGCCAGAAAUGCGGGAUCCGACUCGAGCAGCGCAGGCCUCAGCGACGGCCAGGGCGAUUUGAUCGACCCUGUUACCUUCAAGGUCUUCACGGACAACACCCACAUCGUAGCGGUUCGGCACGGAAGCUACGCAAACGUUUUUGCUUGGGAAACCGUUGAGCGAAUGAACAUCAAGGCAAAGAACUGGCGAGACCUGGUCGACGACGUGGAGUUCACGAGAGCCGAUAUAAUCACCCUGCAGGAUCCCCAAAACGCCGCCAGCCGGGACUUGAGUCAGUUCAAGUUCUUAAAGGAUGGCGAGGAGGCGAUCCUUACCAAGGAGCAGGAGGAGGAUCGGAAGAACGGCAAUGUCAACAUCGACGCAUUGGGUCGCAUCGGUGACAAGGUUUUGAGGGCGAAGGAGGCCGUCGAGAAGGCUCGCAGGGAACGCGGGGAAGGUGGCGACAUCAAUCGCACGUCCGGCGCCGUUAUCAGGUCAGGAUCCGCGGCACAUCGCAAGUCCAUGAUCAUGGAGAAGAAAGUCCCAUCCAAUGCCGCCGUCUACACAACUGGCAGAGCGGCCGCCAGUUUCACCAGCACAGGACUCACGCCCGAGACGAGCGGUGAAAGAGCACUGCUGACGGAUGAAGAGUACAUGCUCAAGCCGAAGCGAGUCAAGAUUAAGGGCUACGCCCGCAUUGAGACGAACCUCGGCGACCUGAAUAUCGAGCUCUACCCAGAGUAUGCGCCUCGUGCGGUGUGGAAUUUCACGAGACUCGCGCAGAAGGGCUACUACAAAGGCGUCACCUUCCACAGGAACAUCAGAAACUUCAUGCUUCAAGGGGGCGACCCCUCGGGUACGGGCAAAGGUGGGACUAGUAUUUGGGGAAAGAACUUCCAAGACGAGUUCGAUGGACCCUUAACACACGAUGCUCGAGGUAUCAUCAGCAUGGCCAACAAGGGCAAGAACACCAACUCUAGCCAGUUUUUCAUCAUCUACCGGCCAACGAAGCACCUGGACAACAAACACACGGUAUUUGGCAAGGUUGUCGGCGGUCUGGACGUGCUGUCAAAGAUGGAAGAUGUUCCUACCGACGGAUCCGACCGCCCGCUCAACAAGAUUGUGAUGAAGGAAGUGGUAGUAUACUUGGAUCCUUUUGAGGAGUUUUUAAAGGAGAAGAGCGAGACGGAUAAACUAGAAAAGACCAAGCAGGCGAUUGCACUGAGUGGCGGUACAGAAGACGACAAGACAACAUGGACCGGCAAGCGGAUCCGAGCCGACGGGACGAUAGACAACGGAAGCGCAGGCGCCGGUGUGGGCAGGUAUCUCAAGUCGCAGGAGAAGCCCACCACGGCUACGGAUGCAGAUCUUGAUACCUGGGAGGAACCGGCCAAGAAGAAGACCAAGCGUGGCGGCUUCGGUAACUUUGACAACUGGUGA